GAUUAUUGAUCUUAUACAUUCUUCCGAGUGGGGCAUAUCUGAAAUGCCAUUUCAAAAGCUGCCUUGUAUAUUUAUGAGGUGGGCAGAGGAGUAAAGAUGGUAUUAUUUCCAGGUGUGAGGUGUUACAAGUGAGCAAUCAAAUUUACAGAAGAAUCAAACAGAGCUUGUUCGGUUGUGGGAUCUGUUCACCUGUAUUUUGUCUUGUACAAAGUCUCCACAUAAUAAAGGCCAGAGAAUUGAUGGUGCUGGCACUCCAAAGAGACUUGCUUUGAAUCCUUCAUGUUCCAUCAGCAUCAGGAGAAAAGUCUUUCCAGCGUAUGCAUGGCAGAGUCCACCUUAGCGGAGGAGCGACAGUAAUGGAUGACCCUUCUGAAAAUAUUGGAGGCAGAGAAGAAUGUAACAGCAGUGAAUCUGGAUGGACUAUGUACAUUGCUUCACCCGUCCAUGAAAACAAUCCUGAAAAUGAUGACGACGAUGACGAUGACGACAAUUACAGUGAAAGGAAAGGCUACAAGGAUUACCCAAGUGAUGAUGGUGGCGAUCCCGCAAGUGAUGAUUCAAUGGCUUCUGAUGCCUCUUCUGGUCCAAGUCAUCAAGGAGGACCAUGUAGAACCAAGGAGGGAAGCCACCGCAGGGAUGAUAUUGCACAUGCUGAGGGUAAGGUCAACAACAGAAGAUCCUCAGGCAAGAAACAUGACAAACAGGUAGAGAGAAAACAAUAUCCUGCUGAUAUAAAAGCAGCGAAGAAAGAGCAGGGCCAUAAGGCAAAGAAUGCAACUGAGAACCUUCAAGGUAAAGGCAAGUCUAGAAAAAAUUAGUCCACUGAAAGGCAAAUAUGUAAAUCUUUUGCAAGUUUUCCUCCUGGUUUGUUUGCAGUCUUUGUCUAUUGUUAAGUAAAGGCGUCUAAUGGAGGAAAUCUCAGCUAUCAAUUUGCCAUACCUGAUACUUAGUCCAAUUGGAUAAUACAUUCAGUAUAGGUAACUAAUAUAUCAUGCAAUACCCCGUACGUGCUUAUCUAGGACAUAGAUCUGCAAGAACAGGGAAGAUGAACUGCUUGGAUUUCCCGUUAUGCAUUCCAUUUUUUUUUGGCCAGUGUGGCCUUUGUAAAAUUAUACUUCUCAAUG